CUUGGUCCGCGCCCCAGAGCCUGGAGCCCGACAGCGAGCUCCCAAGCUGCGUCCGGAGCCAGGCAGGGGUCGCCGCAGCCUGGAUGCGCCCUGUGGCGCGAGCGCACGCAGCAUCCCGAGCCUCCCGCCGCGCGGCGGGGAUGCCCGCUCUCCCGGCCCCGGGGCUGGGCCCCCGGCGGUAACCGGAGCGGGGGGGCGCGCCCCCCCAGCCGCAGCUGCCGCGCCCGCGCCCGGCGCCCGGGCCAGUCGCCUUCGGGCCCCAUCGCCUGUCGCCGCGCUCUGCGCACCCGCUGCCCUGCGCGGCCAUGGGGACACUGCUGGCCCUUGUGGUGGGCGCGGCGCUAGUGUCCUCAGCUUGGGGGGGCUGCGUGGAGGUGGACUCCGAGACAGAGGCUGUCUACGGGAUGACCUUCAAAAUCCUGUGCAUCUCCUGUAAGCGUCGCAGCGAGACCAGCGCCGAGACUUUCACGGAGUGGACCUUCCGCCAGAAGGGGACAGAGGAAUUUGUCAAGAUCCUACGCUAUGAGAACGAGGUGCUGCAGCUGGAGGAAGAUGAGCGCUUUGAGGGCCGCGUGGUGUGGAACGGGAGCCGGGGCACCAAGGACCUGCAGGACCUGUCCAUCUUUAUCACCAACGUCACCUACAACCACUCUGGCGACUACGAGUGCCAUGUCUACCGUCUCCUCUUCUUUGAUAAUUACGAGCACAACACCAGCGUCGUCAAGAAGAUCCACCUGGAGGUGGUGGACAAGGCCAACAGAGACAUGGCGUCCAUUGUGUCGGAGAUCAUGAUGUACGUGCUUAUUGUGGUGUUGACCAUAUGGCUCGUGGCGGAGAUGGUGUACUGCUACAAGAAGAUCGCCGCUGCCACGGAAGCUGCUGCACAAGAAAAUGCCUCGGAAUACCUGGCCAUUACAUCCGAGAGCAAAGAGAACUGUACGGGCGUCCAGGUGGCUGAAUAGCGCUGGCCCUGGGCUUCACCUCAAGGAAGAGCCAGCCCUGACGGGUAUCCUCCCCCAGCAGUGGGGAUCAGCCCCUGAUGGGUACCCUCCCCCGCCAGUGGGAGGUCAGCCCCUGAUGGGGACCCUCCCCCAGCAAUGGGAGUCAGCCCAUCGGUCUCCCCAGCCUCACAAUCCUGCAGAGGAGCCACCUGGGUGGGAGCGGGCAGGGACUGAUCCCACCUCACCCACCGCCUCCCGCCCACCGUCCCACCGCCAUGCAUGACGGGUGAAGCAAUAUGGCCGCCCCACCCUGCUUUUGCUGCCUGUUUGGGGGAGGGGGCGGUGAGACGAGGGGGCAGGCCCCGCCCCCUUCUUUUUGCUGAUUUGCACUUAGGCCACUUCCCACACGCACUGCCAGGCCAGCCGGCUCCAGCCCUGCUUGAUGGGGUCAAGAGGGGCCGGGACAGGGACAGUCGUGGGCAGGGGUUUCUGGGUUUCAUCUCCCUUUCGCUUCCUCCGGCUGGACCUGGGGUUCCCUCUCCGUGACACGUCCUAGACAUGGCCCACCCGCCCUCUCUCACCAGCCUUCAAUUGUGGUCUCUCGGGAAGGGCCUCUUCGGCCUCCUCUCUUUACAGAAGUAGUUUUUGUUCAUGAAAUAAAGAUUCUUGGACUCGA